AGUCCUUCUCACCUUCACCGUCAUCUCGUUAUCUCUCAGCGCCUAGUAUGCGCCCUUUGUAUUAUGACCAUCACCAAUCCGACUCAAUUAAUAGACGAAUUCAAAAAAUCGGGCGAAUUUGACCGUCUGAGACGUGAUCUCCUAUCACAUUUCCAGCGCAGUGAACGCACCGAGGGCUUCAAGUCUCGUGUCGAUGAUAUAGCCCGACAACGGCUAUUUUCUGACCCAAAAUUGAUAUCCAUGCCCAAUGAUGCUAUCCAGCGUGAACUGUUAGGGGAAAUCGACCGCUACCCUAUUGUCGAGCGAGCGGUAGUUGAUGCUCCUUUAUUAUCUGAUCCAUCAUUCAUCGCCGGCAUACGUGCUUCACUGGAACGUACCAUGUCGGCAGGCAGAAGCGAAAAGAACAAUGCUACUCCAAGCCAGUCGACGCCAAACCUGCAACCAUGUGAUUCGGGCAAUCCCAGUUUCAAUGCAGCUAUUCCCCAGCUAAAUGACGCUCUGACACCUUCGGCGGUCCAGAAAGAGUUUGACCACGCCCUCUGCGCAAGGUAAUGUGCUCAGACCACCAACUGCAAGCUAUUUAUUUAUCCCUUCUUGACUUAUUUAUUCAUUACAAGGGAUCGUUUGCAGUUGGGAGACUAACAAUCCAAGCAAAAUGAAUGAUAGAAUCAGCUAAGCUUCAAGAGUCGUGACAAUGAUAGGCGAGUAUUUCUUCGAUUGUUGUUGAGAGAAAGCGCGCAUACUGUGGUUCGGUAGGGUAUCAAAAGACAAACAGGAUCGAGCUCAGCAUGUCAACGCCGCAGCUAGUCCACUUCCGUGGAAAGAACUGAGCAAAUCGGUACAUUGACAACACAUUGAUGAGAUAAACGAGGCUUGAAAAUAAGGGAGAUGGAACAAUCGUGACAUUUUUUUUUUUUUUUUUUUU